AGAGAGGUAGAGGGUUUAGACAGCUGAGGCAUCCACAGUGCAGCAAGCCCCCCCCUUCAAGAAGCUCAAUCCAGAGAGCCAGUGGCUCCAGAGGUGAUCACCGGAGGCCUGAACUUCAGCACCUUUGCAGGAAGCACAUAAAACAGAAAAUGGCACGCGUCGGACGACCAUCUUUUUCCCUGAUCCACACAGGACUCCUGUUAGCGGUUGUUUUAUUACCAGAGUUUCUGGGGGCCGUUCCAGUGGAGCAGCACAAGGAGGAGGAAGUGCCUGCAGUGUCUGACGAUGUGAAAGCCGACGCCAUGGCCAACCUGAAGAAGCUGGUUCGCAACAGAAGGAACGUCCCCGUCUUGGCUGUGCCCCAGUUUAAACGCCUUCCCGACUUCUGGGGAUGGUACAAGUACUUCAUGGACAGCCACAACCAGGAGGGAGUUGAGGAUUUGGAUCGUCUGUACAUGGCUUACCUGCAGAACAAGCACAGGUCAGAGGAGGGGCCCACCUUCAACCACUACCUCAAGCACCUUAGUGAAAUCUACAAGACCUGUGCCGAUUCUGAUGAUCCAGAGUGCAUUGCAGAGUCCACUAGCAAGCCAAAGGCUGCAGUGGUGAUGCCUGCUCCCAUCAAGUCUGCUCCUGUCAGGUUGUGCAACCCCUACCUCGACCCCUACUGCCUCUUCCCCCUCGUCCCCAAGGCUGCUGUCCCUGAGCCAGCUCCAGCUCCAGCUCCAGCCAAGGUGCCUGCUCCUAUCCUCACCCCCAUGCUGCCCAUGCCCCUGAAGAGCCCCACUGGUUUCUACUACUAUGCCCCCGUCCUGGAGUCCUUCCUGAGCCCUGAGCAGAAGGCUGAGCUGCUGAGGAUCUGCAACGCUGAAGAUGUGGAGUGUCUGCAGUACCACCUGAGGGCAGCUUAUGGCUACCGCCCGGCCCCUGGUCCAGCUCCAUCCUACAGCGCCCUCAAAUGCGACCCCAAGGACCCCUACUGCAUGCCUCUCCUGGUCCAGAAGGCCCCCACUGGCUUCUACCAUAUGCUCUACCCCAGCUGUGACCCAGCUGUCGAUCCUCUGUGUGUCGGCAACGUUGCUGCUCCUGCUCCCCUGGCUGCCGAGGAGGCCCCUAAAGAGCAGCACUGCAACCCUCUCUUCGACGCAGGCUGCAACCCCCUGACUGCCACCAAGCUGUCCGGCCUCACCAAGCCCGUGCUGGAGUACGCCCCCAAAGACGAGCCUGCACCUCCUGCCGCUCCUCUGACCUGCGACCCUCGCUAUGACCCAUACUGCAUACUGGCAGCCGCCGCUGCCCUGCGCAAGCCCCCUCCACAGAUCCCCGAGCACCAGGUCCGCUACAAGCUCGGCGUCCCCGGAAAGACCAAGGAUGGCCACGACUGUUAUGUGCACUAUGACAAAGACUGCACCCCGGUGGAGUCUGGCCCCAAAGCCAAAGCUGACAUCAAGGCUCCUGCCAAGCCCCUCUGCCAUCCGUUCGACCCCAACUGUGGUAAGUUUGCUUCACCCUCAGCUGUUGAGGCCCUGAAACCUGGCAAAGAUGGCAUAAUCCUGCCUGACCCUCACUGCGACCCGGAGUACGACUACAACUGCCGCCUGCGCCGCGCUGAACCCGCCGCUGCUGCUGAUGAGCCCGCCGCUGCUGAGGAGAAAGCUGCUGAUGAGCCCGCCAAAGAGGCCGCUGUCCCACAGGCCGCUGUCCCACGCUUUGAAGACUUCCUCAGGGGCGUCAUGAGCCAGUACAAGUAG